GCCACACACCGCCUUCCUCUCGCCUAGGUGCUGCAGGCGCGUUCGCCCUUCGUGCGGCUUCGGGACCCCGGUGGAACGCACGGCCUGCCCCUGCCCCGCCCGGAUCAUGCGGGGGGCCCCGGAGGAGGAGAGGGCGAGUGACGGGCCUGCGGCGAUCGCGUUCUGGGGGCAGCCCCCUCUCUGAGACGCCCCCACCUGCUGCCAUGUGCCGCCGCCUCGUACACCCAGCCUAUCGCCAAACUUUCCAGGUGCCAGCUUGGCUCUGAAUCGCGUUUCUGAGGGGACUGUCCCAGGGACGGAGGACCCAGCCUGGUUGUGGAAUAUCUGCUUCUCUCCGGAGCCACGGAGAGUACUUUCCUUGGAAUCGGAGCCCGAACUGCCCCUCCCAAACCCUAUCCGGCGAAGAGCUUAGCGCGGAGGGAGGCAGCGCCUUCCCGAAACAGUUUAUCUUGGGGCGGAUUUCUUGAAGAGAAAAAGAACCAACAGGUUGCCAGCCCCGGCGCCACACUCCAGUCGGCGGAGAGGGAAGCCCCGGUCCCGGUUUCCCCUGCCGGCGUGGGCCCCGCGCGGGCUGUGCGAGGCGAGGGGAGGGAGGGGGCUAUGGCUCGGCCUGACCCUUCUGCGCCGCCCUCGCUGCUGCUGCUGCUCCUGGCGCAGCUGGCAGGCCGAGCGGUGGCCGCCUCCAAGGCCCCGGUGUGCCAGGAAAUCACGGUACCCAUGUGCCGCGGCAUAGGCUACAACCUGACGCACAUGCCCAACCAGUUCAACCACGACACGCAGGACGAGGCGGGCCUGGAGGUGCACCAAUUCUGGCCGCUGGUGGAGAUCCACUGCUCUCCGGACCUGCUCUUCUUCCUGUGCUCCAUGUACACGCCCAUCUGCCUGCCGGACUAUCACAAGCCCCUGCCGCCCUGCCGCUCGGUGUGCGAGCGCGCCAAAGCCGGCUGCUCGCCCCUCAUGCGCCAGUAUGGCUUCGCCUGGCCGGAGCGCAUGAGCUGCGACCGCCUCCCGGUGCUGGGGCGCGACGCCGAGGUCCUGUGCAUGGAUUACAAUCGUAGUGAGGCCACCACGGUGCCCCCUAGGAUCUUCCCGGUCAAACCCACUCUCCCAGGCCCACCAGGAGCUCUGCCCUCGGGAGGGGAGUGCGCCGCUGGGGGCCCGUCGGUGUGCAAGUGCCGAGAACCUUUCGUGCCCAUUCUGAAGGAGUCGCACCCGCUCUACAACAAGGUGCGGACAGGCCAGGUACCCAAUUGCGCGGUGCCCUGCUACCAGCCCUCCUUCAGCCCCGACGAGCGCACGUUCGCCACCUUCUGGAUCGGCCUGUGGUCCGUGCUGUGCUUUAUCUCCACCUCCACCACUGUGGCCACCUUCCUGAUAGACAUGGAGCGCUUCCGUUACCCGGAGCGCCCCAUCAUCUUUCUGUCAGCUUGCUACUUGUGCGUGUCUCUGGGCUUCCUUGUGCGCCUGGUCAUGGGCCAUGCCAGUGUCGCCUGCAGCCGUGAGCACAGCCACAUUCACUACGAGACGACGGGCCCUGCGCUCUGCACUGUCGUCUUCCUGCUGGUCUACUUCUUCGGCAUGGCCAGCUCCAUCUGGUGGGUCAUCCUGUCGCUCACCUGGUUCUUGGCAGCCGGUAUGAAGUGGGGCAAUGAGGCCAUCGCAGGCUAUGCACAGUACUUCCACCUGGCCGCAUGGCUCAUCCCCAGCGUCAAGUCCAUCACUGCGCUGGCACUGAGCUCCGUGGACGGGGAUCCAGUGGCUGGCAUCUGCUACGUGGGCAACCAGAACCUGAACUCGCUGCGCGGCUUCGUGCUGGGCCCUCUGGUGCUCUACCUGCUGGUGGGCACGCUCUUCCUCUUGGCGGGCUUCGUGUCGCUCUUCCGCAUCCGUAGCGUCAUCAAGCAGGGCGGCACCAAGACGGACAAGCUGGAGAAGCUCAUGAUCCGCAUUGGCAUCUUCACGCUGCUCUACACGGUGCCCGCCAGCAUCGUGGUGGCCUGCUACCUGUACGAGCAGCACUAUCGCGAGAGCUGGGAGGCUGCGCUCACCUGCGCGUGCCCGGGCCCGGACACGGGCCAGCCGCGCGCCAAGCCGGAGUACUGGGUCCUCAUGCUCAAGUACUUCAUGUGCCUCGUGGUGGGCAUCACCUCCGGCGUCUGGAUUUGGUCCAGCAAGACUGUGGAGUCCUGGCGGCGAUUCACCAGCCGCUGCUGCUGCCGCCGGCGACGGGGCCACAAGAGUGGAGGCGCCACUGCUGCCCGGGACUAUGGCGAGGCGAGCGCAGCGCUCACGGGCAGGACAGGGCCACCGGGCCCCGCCGCAGCCGCCUACCACAAGCAAGUGUCCCUGUCGCACGUGUAGGAGUCCUCUGCCCGGAGUGAGGGGGAGGGGUGUUUUGUUUGGAAGCUUUGCCAAGGUCACUUCCGUUUACCUUCCUGGUGCUGAUGCCCCCUCCUGGAGCAACUUGGAGAGAAGGGGGAAGGGCCCUUCCCAGGGAGUAGCUGUCCCGGGACUUCUCAGAGGGGCUCAGCUCACGUGUAUUCUAUUUUGCGUUUCUUACUGCCUUCUUUAAGAGAACGCUUUUAAUUUAAUAUGUAUUUUUCUUAAUUUUUAACUUUGUUGCAUUUUGGCAACAAAAUUUACCUUUGCUUUGGGGGCUUUACAAUCCUAACGUUGGCAUUAUAAUGAAGUUCCACUUGGUUCAGGUUGCUUUGAACUGUGUGUUCUGAAUUGGAAAAAUAUAUUUCCUAUAUUUGUGUCUUUAAAAAAAAUGUGAACAGUGAAAGUCUGGGUUACUAUGACUGAGAAUCCAAUGGGUGUGCUUUUUCAGCUUGUUUCUCCUUCCACUGCUUAAAGUGUCCAAGAUGUUUUAAGGUGAGCUGCUUGACCCUGUUUAUGAAAUUCCAGGUCAUACCAAGGACUGCAUAGUGUGGUUAGGGCCUCCCCAAAAUGACAAGGUUAGGGAGUGUUUAGCGAUUUUGUGUUCAUUCUAGCUUUGUUUAGUGAGCUUCCGUUUCUUUUCUGUAGUACUUGUAAUCAUUCUCAUUCUUAACAGCGCCAGCUUUUUGAAUAAGUUAGAGGGAGCGUUGUAGUGCCCGGUAUAAAUAUUUGGAGUAGUGAAGACCUAAGGGAUGGAAAUUGGUCGAGCUUGAAUUCUAGACUGAUAAGAUGGCAGCUCUGUACCAGAGGAGUGGGUGGUUCUUAAUAGGCUUCAGUGAUCCCAUUUUUUAUUUAUUUUUUUUACAAAACAACUUGUGUUAUAAUUUUGGUAAAAGUAUAAACCCACUCCUUUCUUCUGGAACUACUUAGUUGCUAAAGAGGGCUGCUUUGUAGAUUUAAGGGCUAAAAUGGAUAUACUUCCAGUAAUUAAGUAAAUUUCCAACAUUUACUUGCUCCACCCCCAUCCCACCUCCUUUAUCAUGUUAAACAGUCUUUUUGGUUUUCUUAUUCCUCUCCCCUGGAGAGCUGUGAUUAGAAACCACACCCACCCUCCAGUGAGGUGCUCGAACUGGGGGAGGGAAGCUGGCUACCUGUGAACAAACAUUGGCAGCAAUGAGAGAAAAUGUGUCCCUGGACUUUGGACUAGUGUAUGGCCAGAUAUUCCAAAAGCAGCAAGACGUUGCUCUCUGCAGUCUCUGAAAACAAAUGAGGCCCAUAGCACACUUGCGUUAGUUUUUUAAAAUGUGGACCAAGGAGGAAAGCUGUUUUCCCCACCCUGACCUCAGUAUAUUGUUCUUUCCCUCUUUUUCUGAGAAAGCCUAUGUACUGAUGAACACACACACAUACACACACUUUGCUGUAAGACGAUUCUGUUUGCUUUCCUUACCUGUCUAACCCAUUGAUACAUGAAAGCCUAUAUGAUGAACACACACACACAGAUUUCUUUACUAUUAGAAACUUCUGUUUGCUUUCCUAAUCUGUUUAACCAUUCAUUCAUGAAGAGUGUGAGGCCAUGACUGGGGAAGGGGGUGACAGUGCAUUGGCCAGCAAAAUACCAGUGACGGGGGUUGAGUGGGUACUAAAUUUAGGAAGCUAAAGUGGCCAAAGCAAUUAAAAUUUGAGAAUGCCUCCCUAGGGAAACAAGUCUAGGGAAUUUGUGCUUCAUUUAUACCAAAGUUGGAAAAGUAAGAUUAAAGCCCAGUUCAAUUUUUACUUCAUGGUUAUUAAGUAAACAAAUGAAUAGUUCCCAUAGUGAAUUUAAACGCUUUGCUGGGGGUGUGGGAAGCCUGGUAUUACAGUUUUAACGACUCAGAAGCUGUUCACAGCUUUAAAACCGCACUGCUCUUACACAUUCAUCCUCUGAAUCGAUGAAAAGUUCAGUGGCUUUGACAAAACCUGGUACACACAGCCUAGAGAACAUUUUGUGUGUCUUACUCCCCUACUUACUCAGAAGUGUCUUAGACCCUCGAAAUGAUUCCUGUCUGGGUGCAGUUCCUCUCCUAUUUUCAAAUGAGGCCCUUUCCUGAUCAACGUGACCUUCCCUCAUUUAGUAUAUCUUCCCUGAAAGUACACAGAUGGUUCAGCUGUCUUCAGUCCCUGUGCCUGAUUUGGAUUGUCCCCCCCUUUGUCUUUUCCUUUGUGGAGGAAUCUAGAAAUGGUGCACAGUGUAUCUAAAAGUUGUAGGAUGAGUGGAUGAAAAUAAUUUAAUUCUUCAUUUAAAAUUAUUUUUUUCAUUUUGGCCACAUGCCAAACUUAGAGUUAACACAAAGGAUACAAGGCCCAGGAGAGGUGAUACAGGUAAUGCUUUUUGGGGUCUACUUUCAGAGCUGCCUUUUUGUUUUCAGUCUGUUUUCACCCUGCUUUCCUCCUUUCCCUCCAGGAUAAAGCCCACCUGCUUCCCUGAAGUCUCCCUAAUAUCUACCACCCCACCCCCUACCCAGGGGAGAGAAGCCGAGCUAUUUAUGCUCAUCCCCUAUUUCCAUCCCAACACUACCCCCCCCGCCAUUUGCAUUUUUAUUAUGCAAACCAUUCAUACUCAUGGAAACAAUGAUAAACUGAAAGGUUGGGGGGGCGGUUAGCAACCUCUUCACAGCCAGCUUGUGAAGUGGGAGAGGGUUUGGGGACUCCGUUUGGUCUCACAUGUACAGCCUUGGGGCUGUCCCUUUCACAGUUCAAUUUUAAGCAUUGUCUUACUUCCUACAUUAGGGGGUGAAGAUUUAGAAGGUGGUCUAAAGGAGCUAAUGUGAUCUCUCAGUGAAUCAGUUGCCAUGACUUUAGGAAGUGCUUUUAAUUUAUAUUAUUUCUUCCUCACAUUUUGAAGUUGUCUAAAUUGGCUGAAAAAAUUUUUCUUGGUGCCUUAUUGAUUUAUCCUUGCAAACCUUUGUCAUAUUUUCACCUGACCACUUCUAAUGACGGGCCUGUGCGUGUGUGUUGUGUGUAAUUGUGCGCAUGUACAAGCUUAAAUAAUGUGCCGACAGCACUGUUUCCAAACUGGUAUUCAUUAGGCUGUUUCCUCCUGGGCCAGGGCUGCACUAAUCCUGACACCGGCUGCCAGGAGAAAACCUCAUGGAUCCCACACUGAACCUUAAUAACAGCAUCCGUGACCUGCACUGUCAAGUACAGAAUGGGACCCCCAGAGCUAGGAAAUGUAGUUGUAUAUUUUAAUGAACUGCUACCCCUGCUAAAGAGGCUUCUUUCACUUUUGUGCUCUACAGAAAGACCAAGGGGGGUAGAAGGGACAAAGCUUUGAAUAACUGCUUUCUAACACCGAAUGUGGCAAACAGGACAGAGCACAUCACAAAUCUAGGCAGGUGUGAGGUAGAGUGGCUGAGAUUUGCCUGCUCCCUCUGCAUGUCCUUUCUUGCUUCCUAAGUCCAAUCAAGUGAUCUUGGGAAAGAAAUAUGCCUGAGUUGGGGAGGGUGGUUCUGAAAGAAAAAGCUACCAAGACAUUAAAGCAGGGUGAGGGGCAGGCAGGAUGUAAGUCGCUAAGUAACCUGACUCAACUCACAAAGCUUCUAGCAGCUUGAUGACAAUUACAGGAUUGAUUUCAGCCAGGAUAAUGCCUGUGGUACAUCAUUUUACAACAAUAUUACUUCAUGUUGUUACAAACUGUAUGUAUAGUAUGUAUGUGAUGUGGGUCUGUAUAUACAUAAUAUAUAUUAUAUAUAUAUGAGAGAUUUAGUGACUUUUGAUACGGGUUUGGUGCAGGUGAAUUUAUUACUGAGCCAAAUGAGGCACAUACCGAGUCAGUAGUUCGAGUCCAGGGCAUUUAAUACUUUUUAUGAUUUCCAUAUAUGUAUAGUGCCUACCCCAUGCAGUAGCUUCACAAAGACAUCUCCAGAACUCCCGAAUCAGGGCCAGCGAUAUUUUAUUUGUAGACAAUCAACUUGAAUCUAUAAGUUAUUACUGGCAGAUGAUUAUCAUUCUGAGUCCAUAGCAUUAACAAAUGGAAACCCAGAGCAUCUUGAGUUUUUUUGUUUUCCUGGAAUUCAGUAGAACAGCUGUGUAUGUGGUUAUGUUAGUCUCAUGAUAAUUUGCUGACCUUAUUAUUUCAGAAAAAUUUUGUAUGUAUUAUAUUUGCUGGAAGGUAAAAUAAUGCUUUGAGAUUUUUAUCAAAUAUGGAGAGUAGUUAUUUAUGAAAAACAAAGAAAUGUCUAUUUUUGUUUCUUUGUUCCCAACUAAUGUAGAUAAAUUUUAAAGUGCAUUAAAGCAAUGGUAAAGAAAA